AUGAUAUCCACUAUGCAUCCUGACAUUGACCACGCCGACGAGUACGUUCGUAACACCACCGCUCGUGUAUUCUCCGUCGUUACCUCCGCGCUCGGUAUCCCCUCGCUCUUGCCUUUCCUGAAGGCCGUAUGUCGCAGCAGGACCCCUGGUCUUCACAUCUGA